AUGGAUGUCUCAAGAUCCUUGGCCCAACCUGAUAACAAUACUGAGAACCCCAGAGAUAAACCUGAUGUGAAUACACCUACUAUAUCUCUUGAGAAAUCGCAAGACAAAGAAAGGUCUGGAGAAAUGACUAAUGAGCUGGGUGACAAAGAUAAAAACCCUGUUGAGAAAAAUGAUCAACCCACUGAUAUUGUUAAUAUUGAGGAACUGGACUCUGAUGAUGUUCCUAUUGGGAAAAGACUAGCUCCUGGUAUAGCUAAAAGGUUGAAGAACAUAAAAGGCCAAGCUGUUGGAUCCUCCAGCGCACCCUCCAAAUCUGUUAGGAACAAAGCAAGUGACAUCAUCUCUACUUCUAGAAAGCAAGCGUCAGGGAAGAAGAUACCAACUAAUAUUCCUAAAGUUCCACUUGACAACAUUUUAUUUCACUAUAUGGAGAAUGUUGAAAAAUGGAAAUUUGUUUAUCAAAGAAGAUUAACACUGGAAAGGGAAUUAAGGAAAGAUGCUUUUGAAUGUAAAGAGAAAUGUGACAACAAGAGGAGCAAGGAGUUUAGAGAAGUGUAUGUCCGAGGAAGAUGUGUGGAUUUUUCUCCUAAAAUAAUCAACAGGUUCUUAGGCAUAAAUGAAGAAGAACAAGCUGAAAUAAAAGUCUCUGACAAUGUCAUAUGCAGAGAGAUUACUACUAAGCAAGUGAAGAAAUGGCCAAGGAAAGGGAAUCUGUCUGUCAGGGCCUUGAGUGUCAAGUAUGCUUUUCUCCACAUAAUUGGAGUUGCAAAUUGGGUUCCAACCAAUCACACCUCUAAUAUAGACACUGGGCUAGAGUUGAAAGAUACCUGCAAGACCUUGGAUGAAACUAUAAAAAGUUGUACUAAAAGGAAAAGCAAGAUUGAAAUGUUGAUUAAGGCCCUAUCUAAAGAAGAAGGAGGUUUGAAAAGUGAUGGAACAGAUGAAGAAGAAGAAAAUGAAGAUGGGUAUGAUGCAAGUGAUGAUGAAGAUGCUACCAACAAUGAUGAGGAUUAA